AUGCCCCAACUCUUGGCACUUGUGGGCAAGGCUCUUGGAAGCAUACUUCGAGGUCCUGGCAGCGCGGAGACUUCAGGCCGCAACCGCAGCAGCUUCGAUAGUGAUAGCGAGUUUGAAGGCUCAUUGCGAUUAGGAGGAGUUUCCGCGACAGGAGCCUCGCUGAUCCUUGAGCCAUCAUUGCGCCAGCGCUCUAAUAGCCAGAAAGAGCGUCUGGAAAACCUCGUCACGGCUGCGACACAGGGCGGCGACCUGUUCAGCGCCGCGGAGCGUAGCGCAGGGACUGCCAUUGCCACCGCCAGCAGCAGCUGCAGCGACCGCGCCUCAGCCAAGACCGGACGAAACAGCAGCACCGCCGGGGCGCUCACCUCCUCCAUCUGUGCCACUGCCUCCGCGGCCACCGCAGCUGCCUCAUCGGCCACUGCCGCCGCUGGCCAGGGCACCUGCUCAGACACAAGCGGUCCCGGCAACAGCUCCCCGUCUGCGGCAUCUCAUUUUUUCCGUGCGUCCCGCGCGAGUCUUAGCGACACGACUGCCAGCGUCGCCGGCGAGGCGCUGCGUCAGGCUAGCGUCACUACCUGCAAGCACUUUAGCCGGGAGAAUUACAACAACUACGUCAAAUGGGUGCGCGCAACCCGCGGCGCCAGGCUGGCUGGCAAGAUGCGCUCUCGGGAGUCCGUGUAUCGAAACCCGCACCCGACUCUGUUGCUCCGCUGCGAGCAUUGGCUAGAGGUAACCGACGAGCAGCAUCGAUACGGCUCCAAUCUCCGUGUCUACUUUGACUAUUGGGUGGCGGAGAUGGAGGCGGCGGAGCUGACGCCGCCGCAAAGCCCUGCCCUCAUGUCGCCAUCCCCAUCUUGUGGGCAUCUGGUCGCCCUAGCUCAGCAGCAACAGAUUGCAAAUGCUAUCGCCGAUGCCGCAACCGCGGUCGCGGAAUACACCUCCCCCCAUCCUAACCUCUUCCGAGCUCAUCAUUCGAGCGAGUCUCGGCAUUCAUAUCAUCGCACAUCAUCAAGCCAGCAGCGUGAAAUGGCCAUCCAGAAUGCACCAAGUUUGCACCAAGUGCCACUGACGGGGUUGAUGCCACCUCCUCCUCAGCAGCAGCAGCAACAACAAGAACAACAGCAGCAGCAGGAGCGGCAAACAAACGGGGGUGUUGUAUUGGGGGCACAGCAGCAGCCGUCGGUACUAAUAGCGGCGGCGGCGGCGGCGGCCGCAGGGGGAGCGGUAUCCGCGGUCCCCAGCCACAGCACAGGCCCGGGGCCGUCAAGGUUUUCUAACGAUGCCAGCGCAGCGCCACGGCCUAUCGGAGCUGCUGAAUGGCGCAGCCCCUACUACGAGCAACAGCAACAGACGACCGAAGAGGGUUUGCAGCAACAGGAACAACAACAGCAACAGCAACAAGAACAACAGCAACAAGAGGAGGAGCAGCAGCUGCAACAACAAGGCCCUAACGGUUGUGUCCAGCAGCUAAGCCAUUACCGUCGAACCCAACAUCAUUAUCACUGUCAACCUCAACAUGAUGUUGAGCCAAGGGAAAGUGAAAGGGAAAGGGAGAGGAACAGGCCCCCUGGGGCGAUGGGGAAAAGGGGUGAAGCUGGGGGGAAGUCCGGGGCCGCCGACGGCGCGGGGGGGGACGUUCUCUUGGAUGGCGGCGGCGGUAGCGCUCCGAGCUCGAAAAGCAGCCAUACUCUUUGGGACGACGUCUCGCAGUUGGGCACGCAGCAGGACGCAGAAGAGGGCCAGCAAACCGCAUCGCAGGGGCAUGCGCACCCGCAGUCGCAACUCCAUGUCCACAACUACCUUCACCACCACCACCUCCUUCACCACAACAACCGCAACCACCAACAGCAUCAUCAUCGCAGGAGCCACCAUCACCUGUACGACGUGGGCGGACUGAACGAACGGGAAGGCAGUGUGCACAACGGCACCGACGACGGCGGCGCGGAUAGUCUGCCCGUUAGCUUCACCGCUACCCGAAGUCAUGACGGUGACGAGGAUGACGUGCGCGGCGGCGGCGGCGGCGGCAGCGCCGAGCUCCUUUUUCCACCAGGCUCGGCUGCCGUCGCCUCAGCACCCGGCGCUGCGGCAUCAGCGGCACCUGCGCCCAUCGUGGCGCUGCCAUCCCAGUUGUCUUGCCCAGUCUGCAGUAGCCCGCGCCGCAAUGUCUUGUGCAGCCCGUCACGGCGAUUUGUGUUGGCGGCCAUGAUUGAUAUGUCCUUGCCAACGGCGGAGAGUGACGAUGGCAGCCAGCCGCCAGAGCAGCAACAGCAGCCAGAACAGGAGCCACAGCAGCAGCCGUCGGCACCGGGAGACGCCAGCUGGCAGCAGCCCCAGCAGCAGCAAGGUCAUCGACAAGAGCUCUUAAGUCAGCAUCAUCAUCAGCAGCAGUUGUCGACUUUCCCGCAACUAGUUGGAGGUGGGGCAGCUGCUGUGACGCCGUCUCAGACGCCAGCGACACCCACGCUGACCAGCUGGGGUGGCGGCAUCGGCAUCGGCGGCACGACUGGCGGCGGCGCGCCGGGUAGCUUUACGACACAACGCGCGUCAAAGCUGAUGUCCAAUCGUGCGAGCGUCGGGAGCGGUACCAGCUUCUUCAGGUGGUUAGAUAAUGGCCCAGGGCAGGAUGUGGAUUUGACGCACCUUGGCGUGUCGAGAGCGAAGCUUGAUGCAGAGCGGGUGAAGUACUUGACGCCGGACGAGCUUUUGGAGUACGAGCUUGACGUUGACAUGGAGACUGGGCUGUUGCGGUACAAGCGUAGCGGCAAGUUGCUCCAUACGGGGCCUGACGGCCGAGGCUCCUUGGACGAACACAGGCGGCCGCCGACGCCGCCGCCGCUUGCCGUACCGUUAUCGCUUCUGGGCGAGGGCGCCGCGGCGUGGUGGCGUGGAUCUGGAUCUACGAUGGCGGGCGCGGAAGCGCCGUCGCUACCGCAGCAACUGUCGUUCUCCGAGGCCUCCAUCACGGCGGCGGCUUCGGCGGGCUCCGUUGCACCUCCGCUGCCACCGCGCAGCUCAGCAGCGGCGGUACGGCAGACCUCCCGCCGCAACACUCCCAUGGUCACGAUUCAUGAGGGUAGCAGCGGCGGUGCGGCAGUAGCGGCGGUACGGCAGUUUGCUCUCUGUGGCGACGCGGCGAUUGAAGCAGCGGCGGCGGCAGCAGUGGCGGCGAAUGUCGUACCUGGCAUCUGCGGCGUAGGCCAGCAGGUCCUAGGCACGGCUUCGGAAGAAGCAGCAGCUGUAGCAUCAGCCAAGCUGGUAGAAAGCGGCAGCUUGCUGCCUGACUUGGGACUGAGGGGCCACUCGGCAUCGUCCAUGGCGCGGUUGGAGUCGUCAAGGAAUGGCGAGUAUAGCAGCAGCCACUCCGCCGCUAAGGGCGGCGAUUCUCGGGUAGUCGGAGGCGUCCCUGGGGAAGAGGGAGUAACGAGCAGGGGCAGUAGCGCAGAGGACAGCGACGGCAGUAGCCAGCCCUGUUUGUCCUCGGUGGCGGCAGUAGCGCCGCUUAGCAGUAGCACAGGCGAAGCCGGCAGCACCGAUGACGGCGGCGGCGGCGGCAGCCGUACCUGCAGGUGCACCUCAAGCGCCUUCGAAGUACGGAAGGGCGACGGGGCGGCUGUCAACGAGAUUGAAAUGGGUCACAGGCACGACGACGACGCGGUGACGUCAGCGAACAGGGUGAUGGCGGCCGCGCGAAACUGCGGCCUGGAGGCACCGCCGCCGCCGGACCCGCCGCUAUUGCCUUUGCUGCAGCUUCAGGACGUACGGGCACCCGCCCGGGUGGAGGUGACCGCACUAGGCGACGCCGUCAUCACUCCGACCGCCGCCACCGUUGACGCCGCUGCGGCCGUCGGAACUCCGGGCCGCAGCGUUUGUACAACCGGCAGCAUGCCCAGGACGCCGGUGGCCGUACAGGCUCCUGGCAUCGGCGGCGCUGGCGGUGGCGUCGGUGGCAGCGGCGUCGGCGGCGGAUAUCAUCACGAGGAGAAGGAAAAGGUGGCGAAAUGGAUAUACGUGGUGGAUCCGGAGCUGCGUCUGUUCGUACACCCCAAGGUCCGCGGGCGUUUUCAUCAUUCCAGCUUCUUGCGCGGUGGCGCUGUGGUGGCGGCGGGGGGCCUUGCCGCUCGCCAUGGCCGGCUGCGACUACUGACCGCGGACAGCGGCCACUACUGGCCCCGGGAAGAAAAUUUUAAGUGGCUGUGUGAGCACUUGGUGUGCGUGGGUGCCGACCUCAGCGUCUGCGAGCUGCGCAGCAAGCAUAUGCAAGUGCCGGCGGCCACCGGCAAGGAGCUCAUGGAAAAGAUGGGCGUGCCGCCGCCAUGGCGGCUGCCGUACCAGCCGAUGAUGUCGCCGUCGGGGCGCAUGACGCUGGAGCCGUCAGCGCUGGAGGCGGACGCGCCGCCAUCACCGCUAGCGGAGCAUCUGCACCUGCUACAGCUCCAGGGAGGGGUCCCAUCCGGGGAAGAAGAAGAAGAGAUUGGGCCGGAAUUCGGGGGAGGAGGAGGGGGAGGAGGUGCUGCGCUGGUCCUCCGCUUUGCCUCUGAGCGCUUCGGUGCGCAGCUGAAACGCUGGGAUACCAGGAAAUCCCGCAACGGGACAUCGGAGCAGAACGGCCCUCCAACAGCAACCACUGAUGGACGCCCAAUCCUGAGGGUGAAUUUGAAUAAUGAAGGGGAAGAACGCAGCGCCCGCGCCGCCAUUCGGUAUGCUUACACGGGGGAUGUGCGAGCGUCCAGCAUCCGUGAGGCCUUGGAAGUGCGCCGACAGGCGCUCAACCUCCGCGUUGAGGGCUGCGCGGCCGCCUGCAUGGAAAUCGUCAAGGCCAAAUUUGCGGAAGCAAGCGCCACCAACGCCAGUACGAACGCCAGUAGUGUGAGUUGGAAUAACCUAGCCGGUGAACGCAGUGCUGGUUUCGCCUCGUCGCCGAGAAGUGGCAGCAGCGACGGGGGGGCCAACACCUCCACCGGCAUGACCAACUCCGCUGACGGCCUGUGCGCACCGAUUCUGUCUGGGCCGCUGCCUCCGCUAGAAGCUGUUCUGGAUCUGUACUCUUGCGAGCCUAUCUGGCCCGAUCCAGCGCAGGAGCCCGACUUUGCAGCCAUUCUCGCGGCUGCUAAACCACAGCUUGUUCGGCACUUUGGAGACGCGCUGCGCACACUCAAUACCCGCAGCCUGCGGCAACAGCUGCUCAAGCUUCCUGCCACGGCCGUGGAGGCCCUCCUCGAAUCGGACGACUUUGGCACUGAUAACGAGUCCAGCGUGCUGCUGCUGCUGGCCACCUGGAUGUCAGGCAACCACGCCUCAACCGAUGCUCUAAUGCGCGAGCGGCUGUGCCGGCAGGUGCGACUCGUGCAGCUGAGCCGGCCGUACCUCAGUUCCAUUCUGCCAGUGCUCGCGCUCGACUAUGAGACCUGCGGGGCUAGCGAGCCACUGCAGCCUGUCGCCGCGACGGGUGCUGCUGCUGCUGCCGCAACGCACACACCUUACAGUUUCGGCGGUGGUGUCGGCCCUACCGCUACUACAACCAGCGGCAUCACCACCGUCACAGCAAACACGUGCAUGAGCGCAAGCACAACCGGCUGCAACACUUCCUCCGCCAGCUUCACUUCUAUCUCCCUGUUCCCAGCGACCACCGCUGCAGCUUCGCCAGCUGCUUGGUUUCCAAUUCGUGGCGCAGAGGCGGCUUUCAUAUGCAGCUUGGUGACCGCACAGCCGCCCUUGCGUGACGCUCUACUAUCCGCGGGCCGAAAAGUCUAUGACAUGGACUCGCCCUGGUACAGCCAACGCCGCCGGCGGCAGUGCCUGCCGCCCACGGGCCUCGUAUACCACUGGCACAUUACGGAGCAGGAGCUGCAUCGUGCACUGGCGGAGUUGCAACCCGGUGCUCUGUGCUGCAUGGCCGGCUCCUUCCGAGGCGACUUCACUGGCACCGUCGUUGCCAGCGGCUUCGAGUGGUGGCCGUCCAUUGAAUACCGACACGGUGCGACGGACGCUAACUUGGGUCUGUAUAGCCAGUUUCCGGAGGCGUACCAGGUGCGCGGCUCGAGCUUCACUGGGGCCAAGUCGGCCAUUGCCGUGGUUGCGGGCGUGGACGCGGACCUAUCUGUGCACCAUUGGCAUCAGGAGGCCCUGGUAGACGACGGGGUGUACUUCAGUACGACCAAGGACAUCUGGCCCGUCGGCGGCGGUCGUGGUGCGAACGUGCUAGCGCUGCGACAGCUGCCGGAGGCACCUUCUAUGGCGCCUACAGCGGAGGUACGCGGGAAUAGGAGCUGCAUUAGCAAAGUGUGUCGCUGCGGUACCGGAAGCAAUAGCAGCAUGGCUGCAGGCCUGCUGUCCGCUUGGAGCGAUUACCUUCGUGACGGACGCAACCCCGAGCAAUGCGCCAUUGCUGACGGGGUAGCCCUGGCAGCCCCGAAAGUGGCUGCCAGGGAUCGCGUACUGAGCGCAUGA